AGUAGGCGUCUGUGUUGAUUAGCUUUUCUUCUCAUUCAGUCACUUUUCAACUGUUCAGAUAAUAAGAGGAUCUUGAUACGACGACUGUUUUGGUUUACACUGCUAAGUUUAAAAUUAACAGCUAAACGUCGUUUAGUUGAAGAGACGCUGCUGUUAAACAGUGCCGUGUCUUGUUUGCAGGAUACCCGUUAAGCUCAGCUAAUUAGCCCGUAUUAUUCGGCCUGCUCGUCGACGGCUACGCAGGAUGUCGUACCGGAAAACUUUCAAACUUAUUUGCAGCUUCGCUGGAGGCUCCGCUGCGCUCGUGUUCGCGGCUGUGGCCGCCGACUCCCGCGGGUACUUCGGGGAGCACCGCGGAGAGGGGGCGAGCCGGUGGUCGAGAUUUGGCGUCCUUCAUGCAGCGCAGCCGGCUUGGACCCCUGCCACCCACACACCAGCCCCAACCGGACCUGGCUGGGACUUCAACUGGGACAAGAGAGACCCAUCUGUGCUGUCCAAUGGAAGGAAGAAGGAGCGCGUUACUGAAGAUCCCAGCUCAGAGCAGGACAACAGCAAACCCAAAGCCACACGCCACAUUCUCCUCAUCAGGCAUUCCCAAUACAACCUGAGUGGAAACGGUGACACGGAGAGGUUCCUCACACCUUUAGGCCGUGAGCAGGCUGAGUUAACGGGUCAGAGGUUAGCAGCGUUAGGUUUAAAAUACGAUGUCCUGAUCCACUCCAGCAUGACCAGGGCUACUGAGACUGCGCAUAUCAUCAGUAAACACAUCCCAGGUGUGGAGCUGCUGAGCUGUGACUUGCUGAGAGAGGGUGCACCUAUAGAACCAGUUCCACCAGUCACCCACUGGAAGCCUGAUGCUGUGCAGUACCAUGAAGACGGAGCUCGCAUUGAGGCAGCCUUCCGCCGCUACAUCCACCGGGCUGACCCCAAGCAGAAAGAGGACAGCUAUGAGAUCAUCGUGUGUCAUGCCAAUGUCAUCCGUUAUUUUGUCUGCAGGGCUCUGCAGUUCCCCCCUGAGGGCUGGCUGCGUAUUGGCUUGCACAACGGCAGCAUCACCUGGCUCACCAUCCGCCCGAGUGGCAGGGUGGCCCUCAGGACGCUGGGAGAUGCAGGAUUCAUGCCUCCAGACAAGUUAACACGGACCUAAUGGCUCAGAGAAAAGCAGGUUUCUUUUAAAAAAGAUGGGUUUCAGGGUUAAAUCUCAGUUUUUUUCCUCAAGUGUCUUGAAAAUAAACUUUUGAUGAAUUCAUUUUCUAAUCAAUCUAC